AAUUUAAGGCAACCGAAACAAUGCAUCCCAUCUAUGUGAGACGAGACUCCAGCAUCCCCACCUAUGGGCUCCGUCAGUCCAUCCUACUGAACACCAGGCUUCAGGACUGCUAUGUGGACUCACCGGCUCUCACCAACAUCUGGGCCGCCAGAAUGUGUGCAAAGCAGAACAUCAGUACCCCAGCACCAGGUAGCACCUCUUCUUGGGAAGUUGUAAAGAAUCCGUUAAUUGCCAGUUCAUUCUCCCUGAUUAAGCUGGUGCUCAGGCGACAAUUUAAGAAUAAGUGUUGCCCAGGACCACGCAAGUUUGGAGAAGCAAAGCCCUCAAAGGGAUUAAAGCCCAAGGACAAUUCAGCAACAAAAGCCGCGCAGCGGGGUGGGAUAAGAAACUCCAUCAGUUCCAAGGGCAAACGGCCAGUGGGGCAGCGCCCAGGCUCACCGAGGCUCAGGAGGUCCACAGGAGGCGUCAACAAGAGUAAAGAAAGUUCAAAGGAGAAAAAAGUAACAGUCCGCCAAGAUCUUGAGAACAGAUAUGCCAAACAUGUGGCUGCCACCCAAGCAUUAACCCGGAACAUUGGGACAGCGGCCUGGAAGGGCCAAGCGCUGCUUCCUGAACCCAGAGAGAGACAGCAGUUGUCCGAGGACAAACUGACCAUCCACGGCCUCCCCACAGAGGGUUACAGGGCUCUGUACCACUCUGUGGUUGAGCCGAUGCUGUGGAAUCCUUCCGGGACCCCCAAGAGGUACAGCUUGGAGCUGGGCAAGGCCAUCAAACAAAAGCUCUGGGAGGCUCUGUACAGCCAGGCCGCCAGUCCCGGAGGUGCUCAGGACUCAGUGCCCGGCAGGGAGGAGCCUGUGCCCAAGAAAUGGCCCAAGUUAAAGAGAGAGAAAUAGGAACAGGGGCUCAUGGGCUUAGGAUAUUCUCUGCUAGAGGUCUGAAAAAUAAACACCACUUUGCA